UUCAUUCUGGAUUGAAGGAUUUUUUUUCUGAAUGUUUUAAUUACAGUGACCACAACAACUACCACUACAACAGUGACAACAACACCAGGUGUUUGUGAGGAGGACUUGGAUAUGUUGAAUGUUACCAUCACCCUUACUGCUGAGGGGAGUGAUCAGAGUACCGACGGAACUAUCACACUGGUGUCUGGAGUCAAUAAAUUCAAUAUUGAGCUCUCUAUCCCAGGGUACAUGACGAUAGUGAAUGCGCUGAGUCUAUUUGAGGUUGGAGGACAAAACACCCCUCUAGAGAGGGUUCGCAUCUCAAAUAUUAGGCCUAGUCCAAGCGGCGGUGAUACUAUUGAAUAUGAUGUGAGCUCCACUCCUCCUGGCAUGUUUAGAGUUCUUGAUACAUUUGAAAAUGCACCUGUUGAAUCUUUUGACAUUGAAGUACUGGAUGAGACUAGCAGGCCCUUAACUAUUGAAGUCCAAGUCAGAGGAUGUAUUGAACAAGUUCCAACAACAACAACGGCAGCUCCAGAAACAACCAGACCAACAACUGUGACCACAACAACUUCCACUACAACAGUGACAACAACACCAGGUGUUUGUGAGGAGGACUUGGAUAUGUUGAAUGUUACCAUCACCCUUACUGCUGAGGGGAGUGAUCAGAGUACCGAUGGAACUAUCACACUGGUGUCUGGAGUCAAUAAAUUCAAUAUUGAGCUCUCUAUCCCAGGGUACAUGACGAUAGUGAAUGCGCUGAGUCUAUUUGAGGUUGGAGGACAAAACACCCCUCUAGAGAGGGUUCGCAUCUCAAAUAUUAGGCCUAGUCCAAGCGGCGGUGAUACUAUUGAAUAUGAUGUUGGCUCCACUCCUGGCAUGUUUAGAGUUCUUGAUACAUUUGAAAAUGCACCUGUUGAAUCUUUUGACAUUGAAGUACUGGAUGAGACUAGCAGGCCCUUAACUAUUGAAGUCCAAGUCAGAGGAUGUAUUGAACAAGUUCCAACAACUACAACGGUAGCUCCAGAAACAACCACCCAAUCGACAACACCUGUUCCACCAACAACAACGGCAUCUCCAGAAACAACCACACCAUCAACAACAACCGUGACCACAACAACUUCCACUACAACAGUGACAACAACACCAGGUGUUUGUGAGGAGGACUUGGAUAUGUUGAAUGUUACCAUCACCCUUACUGCUGAGGGGAGUGAUCAGAGUACAGAUGGAACUAUCACACUGGUGUCUGGAGUCAAUAAAUUCAAUAUUGAGCUCUCUAUCCCAGGGUACAUGACGAUAGUGAAUGCGCUGAGUUUAUUUGAGGCUGGAGGACAGAACACCCCUCUAGAGAGGGUUCGCAUCUCAAAUAUUAGGGAUCGUCCAAGCGGCGGAGAUACUAUUGAAUAUGAUGUUAGCUCCACUCCUCCUGGCAUGUUUAGAGUUCUUGAUACAUUUGGUAAUGCACCUGUUGAAUCUUUUGACAUUGAAGUCCUGGAUGAGACUAGCAGGCCCUUAACUAUUGAAGUCCAAGUCAGAGGAUGUAUUGAACAAGUUCCAGCAACUACAACGGCAGCUCCAGAAACAACCACCCAAUCGACAACACCUGUUCCAACAACAACAGCAGCUCCAGAAACAACCACACCAUCAACAACAACUGUGACCACAACAACUACCACUACAACAGUGACAACAACACCAGGUGUUUGUGAGGAGGACUUGGAUAUGUUGAAUGUUACCAUCACCCUUACUGCUGAGGGGAGUGAUCAGAGUACCGAUGAAACAAUCACACUGGUGUCUGGAGUCAAUAAAUUCAAUAUUGAGCUCUCUAUCCCAGGGUACAUGACGAUAGUGAAUGCGCUGAGUCUAUUUGAGGUUGGAGGACAAAACACCCCUCUAGAGAGGGUUCGCAUCUCAAAUAUUAGGCCUAGUCCAAGCGGCGGUGAUACUAUUGAAUAUGAUGUGAGCUCCACUCCUCCUGGCAUGUUUAGAGUUCUUGAUACAUUUGAAAAUGCACCUGUUGAAUCUUUUGACAUUGAAGUACUGGAUGAGACUAGCAGGCCCUUAACUAUUGAAGUCCAAGUCAGAGGAUGUAUUGAACAAGUUCCAACAACAACAACGGCAGCUCCAGAAACAACCAGACCAACAACAACUGUGACCACAACAACUUCCACUACAACAGUGACAACAACACCAGGUGUUUGUGAGGAGGACUUGGAUAUGUUGAAUGUUACCAUCACCCUUACUGCUGAGGGGAGUGAUCAGAGUACAGAUGGAACUAUCACACUGGUGUCUGGAGUCAAUAAAUUCAAUAUUGAGCUCUCUAUCCCAGGGUACAUGACGAUAGUGAAUGCGCUGAGUCUAUUUGAGGUUGGAGGACAAAACACCCCUCUAGAGAGGGUUCGCAUCUCAAAUAUUAGGCCUAGUCCAAGCGGCGGUGAUACUAUUGAAUAUAAUGUUAGCUCCACUCCUCCUGGCAUGUUUAGAGUUCUUGAUACAUUUGAAAAUGCACCUGUUGAAUCUUUUGACAUUGAAGUACUGGAUGAAGCUAGCAGGCCCUUAACUAUUGAAGUCCAAGUCAGAGGAUGUAUUGAACAAGUUCCCACAACAACCACGGCAGCUCCAGAAACAACCAGACCAACAACAACUGUGACCACAACAACUACCACUACAACAGUGACAACAAUACCAGGUGUUUGUGAGGAGGACUUGGAUAUGUUGAAUGUUACCAUCACCCUUACUGCUGAGGGGAGUGAUCAGAGUACCGAUGGAACUAUCACACUGGUGUCUGGAGUCAAUAAAUUCAAUAUUGAGCUCUCUAUCCCAGGGUACAUGACGAUAGUGAAUGCGCUGAGUCUAUUUGAGGUUGGAGGACAAAACACCCCUCUAGAGAGGGUUCGCAUCUCAAAUAUUAGGCCUAGUCCAAGCGGGCGGUGA